GGAAGCAAAAGCGGGCCCUGCUAGCCCCGCGGCGCCGAACUCUGUGGUCAGGAGGCUCCGCAGGAUUGGGGAGAAGAUGGCGGAAGAGGAGUUCCCCAACACAACUCAUGAAGGUUUCAAUGUCACCCUGCACACUACCCUGGUUGUCACUACGAAACUGGUGCUCCCGACCCCUGCCAAGCCCAUCCUCCCUGUGCAGACAGGGGAGCAGGCUCAGCAGGAGGAGCAGUCAAGUGGAAUGACUAUUUUCUUCAGCCUCCUCGUCCUAGCUAUCUGCAUCAUAUUGGUGCAUUUACUGAUUCGAUACAGAUUACAUUUCUUGCCAGAGAGCGUUGCCGUUGUUUCUUUAGGUAUUCUCAUGGGAGCAGUUAUAAAAAUUAUAGAGUUUAAAAAACUGGCAAAUUGGAAGGAAGAAGAAAUGUUUCGUCCAAAUAUGUUUUUCCUUCUGUUGCUUCCACCUAUUAUAUUUGAGUCGGGAUAUUCAUUACACAAGGGUAACUUCUUUCAAAAUAUUGGUUCCAUCACCUUGUUCUCUGUUUUUGGUACAGCAAUUUCCGCUUUUGUAGUAGGUGGAGGAAUUUAUUUUCUGGGUCAGGCUGAUGUAAUCUCUAAACUCAACAUGACAGACAGUUUUGCAUUUGGCUCCCUAAUUUCUGCUGUUGAUCCAGUGGCUACUAUUGCUAUUUUCAAUGCACUUCACGUGGACCCAGUGCUCAACAUGCUGGUUUUUGGAGAGAGUAUUCUCAACGACGCGGUCUCCAUUGUCUUGACCAACACAGCUGAAGGUUUAACAAGAAAAAAUAUGUCAGAUGUCAGUGGGUGGCAAACAUUUUUACAAGCCCUUGGCUACUUCCUCAAAAUGUUCUUUGGCUCAGCAGCACUUGGCACUCUCACUGGCUUAAUCUCUGCAUUGGUGCUAAAGCAUAUUGACUUGAGGAAAACCCCUUCCUUGGAGUUCGGCAUGAUGAUCAUUUUUGCAUAUCUUCCCUACGGGCUCGCGGAAGGAAUCUCCCUCUCGGGCAUCAUGGCCAUCCUGUUCUCGGGCAUCGUGAUGUCCCACUACACGCACCAUAACCUGUCCCCAGUCACACAGAUCCUCAUGCAGCAAACCCUCCGGACUGUGGCCUUCUUGUGCGAAACAUGUGUGUUUGCAUUUCUUGGCCUGUCCAUUUUUAGUUUUCCUCACAAGUUUGAAAUUUCCUUUGUCGUCUGGUGCAUAGUGCUUGUACUCUUUGGCAGAGCGUUGAACAUUUUCCCUCUUUCUUACCUGCUGAAUUUCUUCCGUGAUCAUAAAAUCACACCGAAGAUGAUGUUCAUCAUGUGGUUUAGUGGCCUGCGGGGUGCCAUCCCCUACGCCCUGAGCCUGCACCUGGACCUGGAGCCCAUGGAGAAGCGGCAGCUCAUUGGCACCACCACGAUCAUUAUUGUGCUCUUCACCAUCUUGCUACUGGGUGGCAGCACCAUGCCCCUCAUCCGCCUCAUGGACAUCGAGGACGCCAAGGCGCGUCGCCGGAAUAAGAAGGACGUCAACCUCAGCAAGACAGAGAAGAUGGGCAACACGGUGGAGUCGGAACACCUGUCAGAGCUCACCGAGGAGGAGUAUGAAGCCCACUACAUCAGGCGGCAGGACCUGAAAGGCUUCCUGUGGUUGGAUGUCAAGUACCUGAACCCCUUCUUCACACGGCGGCUGACCCAGGAGGACCUCCACCAUGGGCGCAUCCAGAUGAAAACCCUCACCAACAAGUGGUACGAGGAGGUGCGCCAGGGCCCCUCCGGCUCUGAGGACGACGAGCAGGAGCUGCUGUGACGAGCAGGGCCUCCCCUUCGCCCCCAGGAUGGACACCCCACAAGAGCCCUGGAGGCAGGUGCAUCUGGCAGCUUCUUCAGGGAGGAUGAAAGCAGCGUGAAGCCAAGGCGCUGCCUACUUAACCUGACUGUCCAAGCCAGCUGGCUUCUGAAAAAUGCCAUCUCCCACUGCUCCGAGCCGGACCUCCGCGCGCAGCGUCACUCCCACCCGCAGAUCGGAGGGACACCUGUCCAGGUAAACGUUUCCUUUAGCUCCGCAGCCAGGGAAGACAGCCAUCUGCGCGGAGGAGAAAUCCUGCGGUGGGAGCUGCAGUGAGGGGUGCCCUGGGGGGGGCUGGUCUGCAGCUUUUGCCAUUUCAGGGGCGGGCGAGGUGCGAGAGCAGCCGCCAGCUUCCUGAUCACCAGGAUGCUCAGGCCUCGCAGCAGCACUUCUGACCCGAGUAGCCCAGAAAUCUCCAAAACCUCACACUCCCCUUUGUGAUGUUGCUUGUACACUCCCCCCCGCCCCAAAGAAAAACUGAGUGACCUUUUUCUUUACCUCUGAUUGGCACCUCGCUGGCUGUCUCCCUGGGUCGCAGGCAGCCACUGCCUUCUCUGGGAAUACUGUGAAUGUUUACACUGGUAAGCAGCACGUGGGCACAGGCCCUUGGGAAGCUGCAUCCCUCAGUUUUUCGUGGUGAGUGGGCCUAUUCUGUGGUGUCAGAGCGCCCUCUAGAGGAAAAAAGCUAGAGGUACAGUGCUUAGGUGGGCCAGCAACUGCUGUCUGAAUUGUUUCAAUUCAUGCACUUGAACAAAGUGGUGAGAGCCUAGCAGUCACCUCCCUCACCGUGAUUCCCUACUUGGUGUCCUUGUGUGUCCAGAGGCCCCUUUUCCUGGGAUCCACAGGGGGGUCUACUGCCACCUUCACUGCUAAUCAGAAUUUCCCAAUUUUCUGUUGUUUGGGGUCCCACUUGUCCCCCAUGCCAGUUUCCCAGCUCACCCAAGCACAAAGAUGGGGUGCCAGAGCCUGCCACUCCUCCCCAGGACUCCAGUGGUCUGCAGCCACAUGCAUCCAAUCCUCACCCACAAUCCCCAAGCAGCCACUCUGACCCCAGGACCCGUUCCAUUCAGAGUGCUCGCACUGUGUCUCACACGCACCAUGGCCGACUCUGUGGGCCCGGCCUCUGGGCCAUCUCAGGGUGAAGAGCUGCCAAUCAUGUCCAGAUGAAAUGGAUUACUGACUCUCACAUCCACUCCUCACCUGCCCUUUAACAAGCCUGGAACCUGCUUGCCUUUGCCCAUCCAUCUACAGGCUGUUUUGGCAAUUCUCAUGUGUGGCUUAGGGUCCCAGGCAGAGCUGGGACUUGGCACCCUCUGGGUGAUUUAAUUCAUCAUGUGCAUGUUCUUGGUUCUGUGUGGGGCCUCAGUGGCCAGCAUGGACCUGGCUGGCAGCCAGUACGCAUCCAUCCCUUCUCCUCAGGCAGUGUGGCUCUGGAUGUCAGGAAGGACUGACAUUGGGACCCUUCAGGACUGUCCAGCCCACGAGGCCAGGCCCCUCCCCUACGCCAUUUCCUUUCCCCAGAUGUGUAAGUGUAAGGCCAGUCAGGCAGGAAGCACGCGGUUUCCUUUUCAUGCAUGAAAAGUAAAUUUGUACUUGAUAGACUAAAAUAUGAUCAUUUGUUUUUAUAAUCUCCCACCUUAACCCAAUAAUUUGAGCCAAACAGGAUUCUUUCACUCCACCUGAUACCCCCCUGGAGAAGUAAUGUGUGCACAAUUCUGGUCUCCUCAUUUCCUACUUCCUUUUAGUGGGAAAGUCAGAGAAGAUCCAAGAGGGAGAGACCUUUGUCCACAUGAAGUGGGGAGUAGGCAGAGAUCUGGGACCAUAUUGUUCUCUCAUCCCCCAACUCACAAGUGAUUUACUUUCUGCCCUAAAACUCAGGGUCUGAUCUCAGAGGUGGGAAUUCCAUUGCAAACUCAAUAGCUUGCCAGAGGAAAACAAUUUGUUUUUUUUUAGUUCACAGAGUAAGCAAUGAAAACAGGUUCUUUUCAAUUCAGACUGCCCCUUGUCACAAGGUCUUGCCUGGCUUCCCACUUGUAGCUGAGACCUGCAAAUGACACUGUGGUAGAGAAGCAUGUGGGGGACUUGGUGGAAGGUCCCCAAGGCGUGGCUAUGGAGGAGGAGGGGCCCCUUUCCUGGCAGGUACCAGCACUGGCCUGGACCUUCUGUGGGCCUCCUCUGCCCCCUGCUGGCUGAGGGAGGGUUUAGCCUGGGAGACUGCUCCUCGGCAGUCUGUCUGGCUAGUCACCUUUGGAACAGGCAGAAGUCCAUAGAGAGAUAUUUUUUCUGGUGGGUUUUUUCAAAUGUCUUUGCCUGAGAAUCAAAAAUCGCUGCUGUGUACAUUUAGCAUACCUAAUAAUUCUAUUAUUUGGGGUAAUAAAUGCCUAGAGAAUUUUAAAAAUCCAGCAUACCUCUUACCUUCUCGCACAUUUUCUUUUAGGUCUAGACCAUGGGACAGGAGACAUGUAUGUAGCAGGUAGAGAAGGUAAUGCUUUAGAAUGAGGUGAAGGCUGUGAGUCAGUGCCAUUGGGGAAGCUGGCCGUUAAACCGCUGAACUCGGGAGACAUGCCUCUCCUGGGGAGCUGGGGAGCCCUGGCAGCAAGACCCACCCCAGAAUUCUCUCUGCAGCCCUGUCAUUGUAGGACCCUUGGAACGCUCAGGGUGUGAGGCCUUACAGGGAGAGGAGCUGCUUUUCCUCGGUUCCCAGAGAUCAAGUUUGGGCUGGCCUGGGCCAGGGCCAGGCAGAAGAUGGCUCAGUUCCCUAGUCUGAUGCUCAGACACUCAGCCCAGAGGCAGAAUUGAGACCCUCCCACCCCCAGGCCAGCCACCUCUUUUCACAGUGGGAAUGUUGGCUAGGCCCUGGUUGUUGUGAGGCCAAGUGGCAGGGUCUGGCCCAGAAUGUUGGCAGCCCCCGGCUCCCCCCGCCAGCACAGACAGGCCGUGAUUUGCCUGCAGGCUCCGUUGUGUGAGAAGAAUGCAGAAAGAUUGGUGAGUGGGGAUCCUUCUCUCCUUUAAACCCACACUGGGGGUACCAUCAGCAAGACUUGGCCUCAUGAGGUUUCAGUUCCACAUCCCCACAGGGGCCCACACACUGGGCAAAGUCCUCAGUGGGGUAGCCACAGACAGGACCCCACUUCUGCUUUGGUGGGGAGAGCUAGGAGAGGCAGGGUGGGAGCCAGCUUCUCAGCCAAGUCAUGGCCAUCAGGUUGCGGGCACGGCUUGGGAUGGAUCUGGUCGUAGAACCGGUCCCUGCUUCGGAGUGAGAAGGAAUCAGCAGCAGCAAUGCCGUGCCGCUGGCUAGAACUUAAAAUGCAGGAAGAGAAGAGGCCCCCUUUUCCUUCCCCAUCUCUAGAAUGCAGGCAUUGCUUCUCCUGCUGAUUGGGGAGUAGAAAUCAAAUCUGAAACAUUCCUGAUGUAGCAGCCAGAAGUUGUUCCACCAGGAACCCAAUCUCCAAGGCCCCAGGCCAUAUGUUUUCAAUGAAAACACCACAGUCAGAAUAAAGGCGCAAAGGGUAAAAGUAGCCACACUCCCUUCCGUUUAGGCUCCUGCCAUUUCUCACACAAAUGGGGUUAAUUUUUCUUUUUUAAUCCUCACCCAAGAAUAUGGUUUUCAUUAAUUCUAGAGAGGAAGGGAGAGGGAAAGAGAAAAUUGAACCCACGGCCCCUCGGUCCACAAGACAGCGCUCCAACCAACCGAGCCACACUGGCCUGGGCUGGAGUUUGGUAGUCAAGGACUUCAUUGGCCAUGUGACAAAAGAAGGAAGACUUUUAAAUUUCCCCUGAUCCAACCAUCCCCCUGGCCCACUCUGUUUUUUAGCCUUUCACACCCUGGCCAGCAUUACCCCAGGGGGAAAAAGUCUUUCUUCCAGGAGUUGGUGUCCUCCCAGGCUGCUGAGCGGUUGAGUGUAGCCUCGGGGACCCUGUGCCUGCAUGGGGAUAUGCGGUCACCUACAGGCCGGCAGCCACAUGAACAGCCUGUUAGCACGUCCCGGCGCUCACUUCUCUCAGCCCCAGUCCCGCUCUGAGGAACAGGGAGCGCACCGAAUGAGCAGUCUCUGUACUUGCUGGCCCGCUCUGAGGUUCCUGAUUUACCAAGGGCUUUAAUGUUUUCUCCAAGUACAGCUCCUGCAAACUUGAUUUGUUCUCAAGGUGAAUCAGAAUCUUUUAUUAAAAAAAAAAUUUUUUUUUAAUUAAUUUUGAGAGAGAGAGGAAAGAAGAGAGAAACAUCAAUCUGUUCCAC